GGUAAAUAAAAUUAUUAAAGGCAAUAAUGUUAUCUGCCCUUGGGAUGAUUAGUGGACGAUGUUCGGAUAUGAAGUAGGCGGGCCACUAUGUGCGGACAGCCAUGGUUCAGCUCGUGAGAUCAUGGCCCAGGAUGUGGCUGGUGCCUGAAAUCGGCAAUGCAUUGUGGGUUGAACCUGGAUUAAGGCCGCAAAAGAAACGAGGAGGGUAUUUUGGGACCAUGCACAGGAAACUUUCUGAAACUUCACUGGAGGCGACUAGUACCGUAUUGAUGCGGGGGAAAAGCCUGCGUGGUUAUUUGCGGAAGGAAGCAAGCUUCCACUGCCGCGCCAGACAAUAAUUUUUGCGCGUCAUGCACUGCAGAGAAGGCAAAGAGUCGCAAUAUGCAUGGAAACGCGGACGAAUUAUAAAUCGUACUUUUCCCAACCUCCAAAUCAUAACCCAUCCGAGACCUCGUUCCACGUCCCCCCUCCCCCCGCACACGGCACAAUGUUGAUGAUGACCGCCAACAAUACCCCGUCCAACGCGCUCAGCACGACUAUGGCGGCCUACGAGCGACAGCCUGCCCUGGACAAUACCCCUGAAGACCGCUCCCAGAGAGUCAGGUUGCCCAGCAUCAACAAGCUGUUCCCGCGCCAAGAACAGCCGCCCGACCCCGUGUUCCAGCCCGCACAGCACUACGUCCACACACCGAGCGUGCCUGCCGUGUUCCCCGGGCCGUACGCAUCGCCUCCCUCGCAGCAUGUCGUAUACACGGCGCCCACCAUGUUCCCGAUGCCCCAGCCCGUUGCGCCGGCGGCCGUGGCCAUGAGCCCGUCCGAGUCGCAGGACUCGGUGAUUUCCCCGGUGAGACGCCAGUCGGUCUCGCAAGACAGCCGUUUCAAAUGCGACCAGUGCCGCAAGUCGUACACAAGAAAACACAACCUGAUAUCCCACAAGCUGAGCGUGCAUGAGAAGGAAAAGCUGUUUGGCUGCACAGAAUGCCAUGUGAAAUUCAGCCGCUCGUCAGACCUCUCGCGCCACACGAAGGAGCAGCACUCAUCGAUCGUCAAGCCGUUUGUGUGUGGCGGCGUAAAUCCGGACGGCACAGCGUGGGGGUGUGGCAAGCGCUUCUACCGCAAGGACCAGUUGAAAAGCCAUCUCAACACCACCAAAGCCGGAUACAAGUGUCUGCGGCGCAACUUCGCCAUCAUGAUGGUGCCGGGCGAGCCGGACGCCGCCAGCCUGUAUGGCCUCUAGAUAGAGUGUAGGUAUACGAGUAACGAAAGCCGGGCGCAGCUUGCCC